GGGAUAAGGCCCGCCGCGACCUUACACAGAGAUAGCUCCAAUGGCGAGCGCGAGCGCGUGCCCCCGCCUCCUCUUCCUCUCCUUCCCCAGAUCCCCCGCGCCGCCGCCGUCCACCGUCGGCGUCUCCUCCCGCGCGCGCGCCGCCGCCGCCGCUUCCUCCGUCUCCGCCUCUUCGUCCGACAGUCCCCCGCCGGCACCGGCGCCUGCGGACGGCGUGGGGCCGGCGGCGCCGACGCGGGGGGACAGGUACCUGGGGAGGCAGAUGGCGGCCGCGGCCGCCGCGCGGGUGGUCGCGCCGCACGAGGACGCGGCCGAGAAGCGCCGCCGGAGGAAGGAGAAGCGGCGGGCGCUCGCGAAGAAGACGCCCUCCGGGGUCGCCUGCUGCUACGGAUGCGGCGCGCCGCUGCAUACCGACGAGGAGGGGUCGCCGGGCUACGUCGAGCCCGCCACCUACGAACUGAAGAAGAGGCACAAUCAACUGAGAACCGUGCUGUGUGGAAGGUGCAAGCUGCUGUCACACGGACACAUGGUCACCGCUGUUGGCGGUCAUGGUGGUUAUCCUGGGGGCAAGCAGUUUGUUUCCGCAGAGGAACUAAGGGAGAAGCUGUCGUACCUUCGUCACGAGAAAGCAUUGAUAGUGAAACUGGUUGACAUCGUUGACUUCAAUGGAAGUUUCCUGGCACGCAUACGCGAUUUUGCUGGUGCUAAUCCCAUUGUGCUUGUGAUAACAAAGGUCGAUCUUCUUCCUAGAGACACAGAUUUGAAUUGUAUCGGCGACUGGGUUGUGGAGGCUGUUGUUAGGAAGAAGCUUAAUGUCCUUAGUGUCCAUUUGACUAGUUCAAAGUCAUUGGUUGGCAUCACUGGGGUUAUAUCAGAGAUUCAGCAGGAAAAGAAGGCCCGAGAUGUAUAUAUACUGGGUUCAGCAAAUGUUGGGAAAUCUGCAUUUAUCAGUGCUAUGCUAAAAACAAUGGCAUAUAAAGAUCCCGUGGCAGCUGCAGCUCAAAAAUACAAGCCCAUACAAUCUGCUGUUCCUGGAACAACCCUAGGCCCCAUUCAGAUUGAAGCAUUCUUAGGCGGAGGGAAAUUAUACGACACACCUGGAGUCCAUCUUCACCAUAGGCAAGCAGCAGUGAUCCACGCUGAUGAUCUACCAUCUCUUGCACCACAAAGCCGCUUAAAAGGACGAUGUUUUCCUGCUAAUGAUACAGAUGUUGGAUUGAGCGGUAAUACAUUGUUCUGGGGUGGACUUGUCCGUAUUGAUGUUGUUAAGGCUCUUCCACGCACACGUCUGGCGUUCUAUGGACCAAAGAAGUUAAAUAUAAAUAUGGUCCCCACCACAGAAGCAGAUGAAUUUUACGAGAGCCACCAAGCGGUUACGAUUGGAUGUGCUAGCUGCAUCGUACACACGUCGUACAUAAAAGAUCAGAGAAGUCGGAGUUACAUUGACUCCCCCGACCGGCCAGGAGAGAGCCGAAGGAUGGUGUGGGCUUCAGGGUGUUCGCGAAUUGCAGAUAAAGUAUGAAGAGCUUGAUAGACCUGCUUGUGACAUUGCGAUAUCUGGACUUGGUUGGAUCACGGUUGAACCUCUUGGUGUGCCAUCUAGUGACCCGGAUGGCAGCGCUGAGGAAGAAGGUGGUGCUAUGGGUGAGCUGCAUUUAAGAGUACAUGUACCCAAGCCAGUCGAGGUCUUUGUCCGCGCCCCACUGCCCGUCGGUAAAGCAGCAUCCCAGUGGUACCGGUACCAGGAGCUGACGGAGGCAGAAGAGGAGCUGAGACCUAAAUGGCAUUACUGAUGCUCUACAGUUGCCAGUUACCUAUAUUCUUUUUCUGUGCUGCUGCUGCUCAGUUUUGUAGCUAGGAUCAGCUGUUGAGAUUGGUUCAGGAAACAUCGGGCCAAAUGUUGCUGUGUUCACUCUUGUUUGUUCUAAUGCUUGGUUGAUAGUAAUUUGUGCAAAGAGUGUACCGAACUCAAGUGUUGUCAAAAUUUGAUAGUAUUAUAUCAUGGCUUCAUUGUGCCUCCACACAA